GACUGCGGACAUAGUACAGGAGAUGACCAGAGCCUGCGGACAUAGUACAGGGGAUGACCAUAGACUGCGGACACAGUACAGGGAAUGAUCAGAGACUGUGGACACAGUACAGGGGAUGACCAGGGACUGCGGACACAGUACAGAUGACCAGAGACUGCAGACAGUACAGGGGAUGACCAGAGACUGCGGACACAUUACAGAUGACCAGAAACUGCAGACUGUACAGGGGAUGACCAGAGACUGCAGACAGUACAGGGAUGACCAGAGACUGCAGACAGUACAGGGGAUGACCAAGAGACUGCAGACAGUACAGGGGAUGACCAAGAGACUGCAGACAGUACAGGGGAUGAUCAAGAGACUGCAGACAGUACAGGGGAUGACCAGAGACUGCAGACAACAGUACAGGGGAUGACCAAGAGACUGCAGACAGUACAGGGGAUGACCAAGAGACUGCAGACAGUACAGGGGAUGACCA